AAAAUGUUUUAGUCCUUUUAAGUUGAUCCCAACCGUUCAUUCAAAUUACCUUUCCAAGGUGAAAAGAAAAACCAAUCAACACAAAGUAAGAAAGAGCGGUAAGAGAGAGAGAGAAAGAGAAUCUUCAGAAGUUGUAAGGUCGGGAACGGAGAAGAUUUGUUUCGACGAAACCCUGUUUCUUUGGUUGUGUUUCGUACAAUGGCGCCGAGUAAGAGUAAGGCAGAUGGAGAAGAGAAGGCGAAACCUGUGACGGCGGUUUCGUCGAGAGUGACUCGGAGCAUGGAUCGCCGAACUCGAAGUGCGACUCAUCAAAACGGUGCUAAACCGGCUGGAUCCGUCACCAAGCAGGUGAAGCUUGCGUCGCCAAAGAAGGCAAAAAGGAAGAAGCCGGCGAUUGAGACUGGGAGAGCGAAGAAGGCAAAGAAGGAACAGGAAGCAUCUGAGGAAGUUGAGAAGGAAGAUGAAGAGGAAGAGGCGGAGGCGGAGGUUGAGGACCCGACGAAGCCCAAGAUUGUUAUAGAGCACUGUAAACAAUGCAAUGCUUUCAAGACAAGGGCCAUUCAGGUGAAGGAAGGUCUGGAGGGAGCUGUUCCUGGCGUCACGGUGACUCUGAAUCCUGAAAAGGAACCUUCUCUGUCUCUGAAUCUUUCUUUUGAUUUGCUCCAACAGCCAAGGAGGGGUUGCUUUGAAAUUCGGGAGGAAGGUGGCAAGACAUUCAUCAGUCUUCUGGGGCAUGUUAUUUGCAGUUUGACUAUAAGAAAAUAUACUGAAGCAAUCUUUAUGGAGAUGAAACGUCCAUUUGCUCCAAUGAAGGCACUCGAUAUGGAAGAAGUCAUCGAGGACAUCAUAAAGAAAAUCAAAUGAGAGACAGCUACAGACUGCAAAGAGGCUCCUCUUGUGCCGAAUGUGUUGUUUCUUUAUGUCAUGGCCUCAGUUUAAUCAAGUAGGAUUCCAUUGUAGACUCUCUAGAGCAAUGUCAGAUUUGCUAGGUUCACUUUUAUUGUUUCGGUAUUAGCACUGUAAGUGCAGUCUCGUCGUUUUGCUAUGCAUGAUUGGCUUGUUUGUGGAAUUGACUCGUAUCUGUAAGGCUAGUAUGAUUCAUCUCUUUGCUAACUGACGCAUAAGUGUUUUUUCGUUGAUGGGAUCAGGCACGGUUUUAACAUUUCUUUGC